AUACAUCAGUGACGCGUCAAACAUCAAUAGAACCUGUGCCCUCAACAUCUUCGACCCCCGCACAUCUAUCAAGACCGCCAGUUGACCUAUUGAGCUUGGAACCAGACGAAGGGCAAAAAUUACGAGAACAGCAGUUAAGGCAAUACUCCUUCUUCCAAUUAAGGAUACAUUUAAAGAGAGGUCAAAACCUUAUUGCCAUGGAUAAAAACGGUUUGUUGUCAGGAACCAGUGACCCGUACGUGAAAUUCAAAGUUGCUGGAAGAUUACUUCACAAAUCGAGAAUAGUUUACAGAGAUCUUAAUCCUGUUUGGGACGAAUGUUUCACUGUGCCCAUAGAAGAUCCAUUCCUUCCUGUGCAAUUAAAGGUAUUCGAUUAUGAUUGGGGAUUACAAGAUGACUUUAUGGGUGUUUGUCACUUGGACCUCACGGCCUUGGAGCUUGGCAGAUCACAAGACCUAGUCCUCUGUCUUCGAGACCCAAACAAACCGACCAACCAGGAUUUGGGGGAAAUCGUCCUUAAUGUCACUCUGUACCCAAAAUCUCAAGAAGACAAAGAACAGUACCUCUUAAAGAACACGAAGCUAAGCGAUGUUAACAAGAGGUUAAAAGCACAAAUAUGGAGUUCAGUUGUAACGAUAGUUUUAGUUGAAGCAAAAAAUCUUCCGGCGAUGGAUAUUGACACUAGAACUAGCGAUCCAUAUUGUAAAUUUAGGUUAGGUAACGAAAAAUAUAAAAGUAAGGUAGUUUGGAAAACAUUACAUCCGUCAUGGUUGGAACAGUUCGAUCUACACCUCUACGAUGAUCAAGAACAGAUAUUAGAAGUGACUGUGUGGGAUAAAGAUAAACAAACCAAAGACGAUUUCCUGGGAAGAUGUACCAUAGACUUAUCUACAUUAGAAAGAGAGAAGACUCACAAUAUCUGGCGGGAACUAGAAGAUGGUAAUGGCCAAAUAUUUCUUCUUUUAACCAUAAGUGGCACCACGCAAUCCGAGACUAUAACUGAUCUAGCCAGCUAUAGAGAGAAUCCGAGGGAUAUCGAAAUUAUUGAAAACAGAUACGCAUGGUACCGUCUCAACGAAAAUUCAAGCGGCGUUGGAUGGUUAUGUGUGAAAGUCUACGGAGCCAAGGGUCUAGCGGCCGCUGAUUUAGGAGGAAAGUCUGACCCCUUCUGUGUUAUAGAAUUGGGUAACGCGAGAUUACAGACGCACACAGAAUAUAAGACUUUAAAUCCGAAUUGGAUGAAGAUAUUUACAUUCACAGUGAAAGACAUAAGUUCAAAUCUAGAAAUAACAGUAUACGACGAGGAUCAUGACCAUAAAGUAGAGUUUUUGGGAAAGUUAGCGAUACCGUUACUUAGUAUACGAAACGGGGAGAAGCGCUGGUUCGCUUUGAAAGACAAGAAGAUGAGGGCCAGAGCUAAAGGAAACUACCCGCAGAUACUGUUGGAGAUGAAUGUUAUAUGGAACCCGCUUAAAGCAGCAAUACGUGUAGUAAAUCCUAAAGAAGCAAAGUAUAUGUAUCAAGAGGCCAAAUUCAAAAGACAACUAUUUAUUCGUAAUGUAAUGAGAUUGAAAGCUAUAAUUAUGUGGUUCAUAGAAGUUGGAAAAAUUCUACAGAACUGCUUUGAAUGGGAAUCAAGAGUACGAUCUUUAGCUGGUCUAGCAGUCUGGCUCGCUUUUUGCUACUACUACCAAAUGUGGAUGCUACCUUUUCUUAUGCUAAUGUUUUUCGCGAGGAAUUGGCUCGUUUAUAGAUUGACUGUUGCGUUGAAACAUUUUCGAAGUAAUCCUUGGGAGUGUUUUAAAAUUUUGUUUGGUAGUACUAAUGGGAACCCAUUAUUACAACCGGUAGAUGAUGACGAUUUACUUGCUGAAGAAGAUGAUGAGGAAGAAGUAGAUAAGGAGGAAAAGAAAUCUCUUAAAGAAAGACUGCAAGCUAUACAAGAAGUCACACAAACGGUUCAAAACGCUAUUGGAUACGUCGCUUCGUUGGGUGAAGCUGUUAAGAACCUUAUGAACUUCACAGUGCCGUAUCUAAGUUACAUAGCUAUUAUCAUGCUAUUCGGAGCUAUGUUUGUGCUGUACUUGAUACCUUUAAGAUAUCUUCUUAUGGCUUGGGGUAUAAACAAAUUUACAAGGAAGAUACUCCGGCCACACACAAUACCAAAUAAUGAGGUCAUCGACCUCUUGUCGAGAGUGCCAGAUGACGAGAUAUUAUUAGACGUUAGAGAAAUCAAACCUCAACCGUCGAGUGACACAAGACGAGACGCAAGGAAAAAGCACAAAUCAUCGUAA